AUGAGUGAAGACCAUAGGCUAGAUUCUCCUCCAGGAGCCUCCAGAUCCAGGCGGGCAAAUGUUGUGAAAGCUCGAACCAACCUUGUAGAGGAAUCUUCCAUCGAUUUCCUUAGAGUCGCCCAGGACACGCUGCAUCUUCAUCCUUCCAACAACAACAAGCAUCCUACCACAUUUAUUCCCAGCAAUUCUAUAAACCAAGGGCUGUUCGGAGAGCCUGCUUCACAGGUUCAGCCUGCUCCUCCUGGCGAGGAGGAAGGACCUAAUCUCCAAUUAGUGGAUGCUGAACUUCAGGGUGCCAGUGAUGGUACAGAAAGCAUGAGACCGCUCAGGGGACAUGCGACUUCCAUGGCAUCCGCCACCAACAAGGCCCCAGCGGGUCUCACUGCCGUGGAUGAUUUUGAGACGACAUAUCUCCAACACCUAAAGAUUGUCGAUGUUGUCCUUGAGAAGAUCGUGGAUGUAUAUCCAUAUGCAAGAUGGCGCUGGGUGUGCUGUCCUGCUGCUUCCAAAAUUAUAAUCACUCAAGCAGAGUGCGACAAGUCAAUCUGUAGUCUUCUCCAGAAAUUGGCUGAAGUUUACCGCUUCAUGACUCAAGAUGACAGCCUUGUCAAAAUUGAAUCGAUGCGCGGUAUCGUUGGAAAGAUCAUUCAGCAGACUCUUGAGUGUGCCCGUUUCAUCAGGGAUUAUUCAGAGACAAAGAGCUUUAGAGUUGGCAAAAACAUUAUCUCAGAAACCGAUGACAUCAUCAAACAGAACAGCGACACUUUGGACAUUGUGGUGUUCAAGCUUGGGCUAGCCUCGCAGAACCCCAUUUUGCUAUAG